AUGGAAGGUACAUAUGAAAGUGAUCCAUCCCUAGUAGUAGAGCCGGAUCAUUAUUCUGGUGGAAUUCCAAUCUUCAAGCCUACAAAAAGACAAUUUCAAGAUUUCUACAAAUUUAAUAAGGCAAUUAACAAGUAUGGUAUGCAAUCAGGAAUAGUAAAAAUAAUACCCCCAAAAUCAUGGUCAGAUACGUUAUCACUGAAUUACACUCAUGAGAGCUUGGAGUCGAUUAAAAUCAAGAAUCCAAUAGUUCAGCACAUUAAUGGUUCUGGAGUUGGUAUCUACUCACAGCAGAACAUCGAAAGACCGCGAACCUACAACAUAUAUCAAUGGAAAGAGUUAUCUGAAAAGUCUAAUUUUCAACCUCCAGCCCCAAAGGGUAAACCACGAGUACCUCCUCGUACAGUUGGUGCAUCAGAGCGUGCCGGAGAUGCUAAGGACGUACCAAAAAUGAAUGCAAAAUCGGACAUAGACCUGCUGCAGACAAAGAACUCUUAUAAUAUCGAUACAAGCCAAUUUACGGUAGAUAGGUGUGAGCAGUUAGAAAAAACAUAUUGGAAGUCACUUACAUACGCGGAACCAAUGUAUGGAGCUGAUCUGAUAGGGUCGUUAUUUUCAGAUUCUGUUAAGAGUUGGAAUGUAGCACAUUUACCAAAUAUUUUGGAUUUGAUGGAUGCAAAGCUACCAGGUGUCAACGAUGCGUAUUUAUAUGCUGGUUUGUGGAAAGCCACAUUUGCUUGGCAUCUAGAGGAUCAAGAUUUAUAUUCCAUCAACUACUUACACUUUGGUUCUCCAAAGCAAUGGUAUUCUAUUUCGCAGGCAGAUUCGGGAAAGUUUUUUGAACUAAUGAAAGACACAUUCCCUGAAGAGUAUAGAAAUUGUCUGGAAUUCUUAAGACAUAAGACGUUUCUCGUGUCACCCCAGUUUUUAGCAAAGAAUGGGAUAAAUUGUAAUCACAUAAUACAUAAUGAAGGAGAAUUUAUAAUAACAUACCCCUAUGGUUAUCAUGCAGGCUUUAACUAUGGGUAUAAUUUGGCGGAAUCUGUUAACUUUGCUCUAGAUGACUGGUUUCCGUAUGGAGAAAUAACUAAGAAAUGUGAAUGUAUAAGCGACUCGGUAGGUAUUAAUGUUCAUCAAUUAUACUGCAAGUAUAAAGGCAUCCCGUAUGAAUAUGCGCAAAACCAAGAGGAAAUAGAGUCAGAUAGUGAUAAUCAUUAUGAAGAACAAAAAAACACAAUAUCACAAACCAAAAAGGAGCAUUUGGGUAAAAAACAAAUUAAGUCAGAUCCUGUGAUACAACUGAAUAAGGAACCUGAAUACGAGUGUUAUUUAUGCCCCAAUAAUUUACCAAAAAAAUUAACGAAAUCAGAUCAAUUUGAAUUAUUAGAGACUGAUUUAAAGGAUAAGAAAACGCUGAAAAUAUACAAAGUUCAUAGGAUAUGUGCUCAAAUGUUUACUAACGAACUUUUUAUAGAUAACCAAAAGGGUAUAGUAGCAGGGUUAGAUCAAAUAUCAACAGCGCAAAAGAAUUUAAGGUGUGCGGUUUGCGAUGCUAAUUCUCCGAAGUAUAAGAAGGCGUCACAUGGGGCAUGUUUCCAAUGCAAGCACUCCAAAUGUUUGAGAGCCUUCCAUGGUUCAUGUGGCCUAGGUGGUGGGGGUUUAUAUGACUUAUCAGAUUCUAGCAUUGUUUGUAAAUACCAUAGAUCAAAGAAGUUACAAAAAAAUUCUAUGGAAGAAGAAUCUAAAAUCUCGGGAAUACCGCAGGAUUCUUUAGUUCAAUUUACUGUAUCUUUACCUGAUACUUCCCAUCAAUCUAAAGAGAUUUAUUGUGGGUAUGUGGUCGCAAAUAAUACUGGGGAAAACACUAUAGAGGUUGUUUCUUAUCCUCAUCUAAAAGAAAGAAUCGAAGUACCUUAUGAGGAUAUAAUAUUGGGAUCGAACGAAGAAAUUGAUAAUUCAUACUUCUGGAACUUGAAAAAAGUUAAGCAAUCAAAAAUUAAGCCGAAGAGAAAAGAGCAUGUGCAUCCUGUUGAUGAUGAAAAGAUAACAGGUAUUAAAACAGACUCACAAUUACAUUUGUUUAAAGAAGAUAAUUUUAUUACAGAGGUAUUGACAUUGGAAUUUAACGCCCCCAAAGAACUCAUGGACGAAAACAGCAGUAUCUUCUGGUACAAUUUGCCUAAGAGUUCAACAGAUCAGGUAGCUAGAUAUACUGAUAACAUAAAGUCAUCGACACCCAAUGAUUCAAAUUAUAUGAAAUAUAUUCAGAGAAAGAAAGGUAAACGUGCUUCAAUAAUAAUUAAGAAUCCAAAAAGAAAAUCUGAUAGUGGAAUAUUAUACCAUGAUAAUAAAAAGGUGAAAGGCAUGUCGAAUGUGCUACCACUGAUACCUCUGUUCGCACCAGCUAACGGGUAUUAUACUCCUAGUCAUCUGUUUGUACCCUUUACACCAAAAGAGCAGUUUGUCUAUAACCCACCGCAUGGUCCGACUCAAGGUGUCUUCUAUCAUCGGCCUGAAGUAGAAACACGGGUAUCGUAUUUCAGACCCAAUGAAGCCUUUAAGAACUAG